AUAACAACAACAAAAAACAUUGUAUAUGUAUAAAUAAAAUGAUCAAAUAUAUAAAAACAUUGUCGAUAAUAUAUACAAAUAAACUUUUUUUGCGCAGGUUUUAUCAUAGUUUGGUACUAAUUUCAAAGCUUUUAAGAGGUAAACAAUUUGAUCCAAAAAAAAAAAUUAAGAGGUAAACAAUUAAUGUAUGAUGUUUAAUUAAGUACGAAGUGGUUGUAUAACUUGUAUUCCUUCAAUAAAUGGUUGGACAUAUCGAAUAAUUGCCGCAGAUUAUAUCGAUGGUAGAUCCAUACCAAAUGAGCAUAUAACCCAAACUGUCUGUAAUAGCCCACCUCACACACAACAGAAGGACGAGCCAAGCAUCUUGACUUGAACUUUAAGCAACCCUUCUGCGCUUUUCAGUAUUUAUACUAAGUAGCUUAAUUAUGUGGUUUAAUCAUCAAAUGAAACAAUGUAACUAAAGACUCGUUCAAUGCAAGUUAAAACAAUCACACACACACACACACAACUAACAAAAACUCAUUUCUAAUUUAAGUAAAUCAAUCCUUAGCACACUACACACUCACUUUCUCACCAUAUUUCAUCCCAAAAAAAAAACCGAAAAUCCAGAAAUUUAGAAACCAAAAUAACAUUCCAGUUUUUGAAUACCUACGGCGGAGAUAUACAUUCUCUGACACUCUUUUCUUCAAUGCUGCCGAAACCGAUCGGACCAAACACAACUCUUGAAUCUCGGCCGCCACAUCAUUACAAUAACCCACAACUAGUGGUAAUCAUCCUCCUCGUCCUCUUCAUCGGUUUCUUCGCUCUAUGUUGCUGCAAAUGUUUCUUCCACACUCUCUCACAAGCUUGGGAUCGCCUUCACAGCAACGGACCACCCGAAAAUCAAAUCCAGUCACAACAAGAAACCGACGGUCAACCACCGGUUAACCCCGGUUUAGAGCAACAAAUCAUACAAUCCUUCCCAUUAUUCCCAUUCUCCUCAGUCAAAAAUCUCCGAGAAGAUAAACACGGACUAGAAUGCGCGAUUUGUCUUCUUGAAUUCGAAGAAGAACACGUCCUUCUCCGACUCUUAACAAAUUGUUACCAUGUUUUUCAUCAAGAAUGCAUCGACCGCUGGCUUGAAUCUAACAAAACAUGCCCUGUUUGUCGCCGGAACUUGGAUCCAACCGCGCCUGAAAACAUCAAAGAGCUGAUUAUUGAAGUCAUACACGAAAACAGCAACGGAAACCAAGAUCAAACGUCAACAUCAAACGAGGUUUUGCUAUCGAGACAGAGUAACGAGGUAAAGAUGGAGUCCUUACCGGAUAAAUUUUCGAGAUCGAAGACGACGGGUCACUCGAUAGUGAGGAAUAAACCGGAGGAGGAAGACCGGUUUACUUUGAGAUUACCGGAUCAUGUUAAGAUCAAGGUAACGAGAAGACAUAAUAAUAACCAAACAGAGAGUUGUAUUUCGUUUGGUGAGCUUAUGAGAAACAGAGAAGGCCGGUUUGGUGAACUCUCUGGUCAAUCGCUUGUACCGGAAUCAGAAAAUUAAAGAACAUUUUAAAUUUUAUUUUGUUCGUUAACUCUAAAAAGGAAUUUUUCAUA